CCUGCCUAAACCGGAGCCGGACAGUCCUCAGGGCUCUUGAAAUCCUCCUGCCUUUCGCAGUCGAGGAGCAAUUGACGUAGAGGAGAAAGCCGCAGGGUUUACGGGCGUUGGGAAUUUGGGAGUCGACGGCUUUGCUUCCUUUUAAAGGAUCGAACUUGGCUCGCCGGGCUACAGAGCCGACGGCAGGGAGAUGCUUGAGCCUAGGCCAUGAGCGUGACCGAGCAGCCUCUCCUUCAGCGGUCAUGCGCCCCCGAGGGUGGCUCCGCUUGUCCUGGUCGAGCCUCCCCAUCCAGCUCUUCCUCGUCAGCAUAGUUACGUUUGGUUUGCUGGCCCCACUGGCCUGCCACCGACUCCUCUAUUCCUACUUCUAUCUGCGCCAGUGGCACCUAGAUCGUAUGAGCCAGGAGUUCCUGCAGCAGAACCUGGAGGAAGGCCAGGCCGCCCUCCGCUACUUUGAAGAGCUGCGGGCCACCAACGGGUCUGCGUUCUGGACCGGACCGCCUGUGCCCCGGCCCUGGCUCGUUAUCACGAUCAUCACUGUGGACAGGCAGCCUGGCUUCCACUACGUCCUACAGGUGGCGUCUAGGUUCCAUCGCCUCCUCCGGCGCUGCGGCCCCCGUUGCAGGGGCUACCGGCUCAUGCUGUGCAAUGUGGAGCGCGACCCUGACCGCCACCGGGAUGCCAAGCUCCUGGCCAAUUUCUUCCCCUCGGCCAGCCGCUUUGAGGAAGCUGGGGAGGGCUCCCCGGACGCCCCUCCAGUGAACCAGUUCGAGAAGGAGAAGCAGGAUUACGCCUACUGCCUGGAGAAAUCCCUGCAGAACUACGACCCGGAACACGUCCUCCUGGUGGAAGACGACGCCAUCCCUGACGAACAGAUCUUCCCCGUCCUGCAUCACCUUCUGGGAGUGCGCUUCUCCGAGUCGCAGCUUGGCGAUACCCUCUACCUGAAGCUCUACCACCCCGAGAGGCUUCAGCACUACAUCAACCCCGAGCCCAUGAGGAUUCUAGAGUGGUUCGGGGUGGGGAUGUUUCUGGGGCCUCUGCUGAGUUGGGUAUACGUCCGGCUCACCGGCCGCCCGGGGCUGAGCUGGCCCAUCGUCCUCUUCUUCGCCGUGUUCAGCAUGGGGCUGGUGGAGCUCGUGGGCCGGCACUACCUGCUGGAGUUGCGCCGGCUGGCCCCCGCCCUCUACAACGUGAUGCCCGUCACUGAGUGCUGCACCCCUGCCAUGCUUUUCUCGGCUCCUUCGGCCCACCGGGUCCUGAGCUACCUGGCCGAGCUGCGCUGCCGUGGAGGCUUUGCCAAGGACACGGCGCUCUACUCGUUGCUGCGGGUGAAGGGCGAGAGAGCCUUUGUGGUGGAGCCCAAUCUAGUGAAGCAUGUUGGGAUGUACUCAAGCCUCCGGUCAAACUUUCACCCGACGUUACUCUGACCGGGCUGAGACAUCUUUCGAGUUAGGAGGAGGUGCUAUUCUUUGGCACUUUAUUUAAGCUGAAGCACAAUCGUUCACAGCCAUUUGUCUUGUGGGACUCUGCGGUAGAGAACUUUCCCUGGGCCCGCUCCAUGGAGCAGUGAAGUGAUUCAAAGGCAUCCCUAGAGGGCGGUCCAUUUUUUUUUUUUUUUUUUUUUUUUUUUGGCCAAACAGCUGAGCUGCCUCACCUGAAUCCCGUCUAGUGAAACCUGCUGAUUACACUGGUGCUUGCAGAGACCACACGCUCUCUCUCCUCUGUAACAGGAUGUUCCACCACCAGAAGCAAUUUAUUCUCUGCUGUGUAACAGUCCACUACAACUAAGAAGCGGAAUGGCCUAGUGGAAAGAGCACGGGCCUUGGAGUCAGAAGGACCUGGGUAAAAACCCCUGCUCCGCCACUU